GUGAGAAGAUUUCUGUUCCUUUUAGCUGGUUUGGUACAAUUAUGUGGCUCCCAAAGAGCAAGUCCUCGUGGAACAAAAUUUGUCACAGCUUUCAUGCAAAACCACCAGAAGAACCAAGCCACUCCAUCUGACAUUAAAUAUGAGCUGCUCAUUACUGGUCAUCAUCCUGCGACCACUGUCAAAGUGACAGUAAGCAAGUCUAUGUACCGGAGAACAUUUCCAGUCAACAAAGGAAAGACAGCAACAGUUAGGCUCCCAAGAACACUUGAGAUGGUUGGAUCAAAUGUCUUCAGUAGGAGUGUGUUCAUUGAAGCUGAUAACGACAUUUCUGUCCUUGCCCGCAGCCAUGAAGGGGCUUCGGUUGGCACUACCCUUGUGUUCCCAGUCCACCAGCUAGGCAGAGUGUAUUAUGUGGUAACCCCAAAGGGUAGUGCUACAGAUGAUUUCAAGGAGUUUGCCAUUGUAGCUCAGGAAAACGCCACUGACAUUGAUAUUUACCUAAAAGGAGAUGUGAUAUUCAAUACACAGGCUUAUUCUGCAGGGAGUAAAAUUUCUGUUAAUCUGAAUGCAUUCCAAGCAGUCCAGCUGCAAAGCUCAGAUGAUUUAUCAGGUACCAGGGUGGAAUCAAAGGAACCGGUGGCUGUCUUGAGUGGACACAGCUGCAUUAUGAAAGGCAUUGCCUGCAACCAUGUGGUUGAACAGCUGCUGCCCAUUUCAAGCUGGGGCACCUUCUUCAUUGUCCCUCUGCUCCCUUUCCAAAACAGAGAUGGCACACUGUAUGUAACUGCUUCCCAAAAUACUUAUCUCAAAUACCAACAUGGAGAUAGGCUAAACUCCCAGAACCUGGAAUCUGGAGAAGUCAUCCAGUUAAACAAACCUUCUUCUGAGCCAGUUUACAUUUCUGCCAGUUCUAGAAUCCAGGUGCUUUUCUUUUCUACUGGUGGUGAAAGUCAAGGCCGUGGACCAUUGUUCACCAAUAUUCCAGCUGUUACAAGCUUUUGCAGAUCGUAUGACAUUGAUAAGAUAAGCCAGUUUGAUCAUUAUGCUGUCAUUGUAGCCAAAACCUCAGAACCCAGUGGAAUUGCAAUAGAGCAGAAGACCAUUGGAAAAAGCCAGUGGAGAUCAAUCCCAGGCACAGAAUACUUUUGGAGUGAACACAGCUUGGAUGGAGAAGCAAGUGUUCUUUCUUUAGAGGAUCUCAGUAUUCCUCUUGGGGUCUUCAUCCUUGGAGUUUCACAGCAUGAUGGCUAUGGCUCACAGCCUUGUUGCUCCUCCAGUAAGUAUUUUGAGACCUACUAUCUUUAA